GUUAUAAUGAUCUUUAAAAACAUUUUCACUAAAGAAAAACAAAAUCCUGCUGAAAUAAAUCGGUUUAGUGGACAGAAUUAGAGGGGAAGGGUUUAGAGCCAGGGUAGGAUUAAGGAAAAUUGUGUGAAAUAAAGAGCGAGUGAUCAGGAGUGACUGUAUGCUUGCGUGUGUGCUGGAGGGCGGGAGGAUAGAGCGCGCGGGCGAGAGAGAAGAGCAUUGACUGAGAAGCAUAGAUUUUCAUCCAACCUAUAUAAUUUUUUUCUAAUCAUCGACUGCACUGCUUAGCGUUGAUUGUCUAGCAGGAAAAUAUUUUUCUACGCAGUUGAGGAACCGUUUCAUUUGACGAUUGUUGGUCCUCUUUGCUGUAAUUUAAGUGUACUUGGAACGAAUUUAUCAUAUUUCUAUUUAUACUUGAGCUGCAUCAUGAACAGUUUGUGGGCACCUCUCGAUCUCACACCUUUGGAAUGGUGGGGAUUACGCAGCCGACAAAUGGGGAGCAUGUAAACGCAGAUGGAGUUUGGGAUUUAUUGCAAAAUAAGGGAAAGAUGACUGUCUUCUCUUUGUGUCUCCUCUUGUUCGCAGAUCUGCUGGAUUUAGCCGUUGGAUAUCUGACAGUAACCAUUGAGCCCCUUCCUCCUGUUGUUGUGGGAGAGACUGUGACCCUGAAGUGCAACUUCAAGACUGAUGGAAGACUUCGAGAGAUUGUGUGGUACAGGGUCACAGACGGGGGCACCAUUAAGCAGAAAAUUUUCACCUACGAUGCUAUGUUUAAUACCAAUUACUCUCAUAUGGAGGACUACCGCAAACGAGAAGACCUUGUGUACCAAUCUACUGUCCGGCUCCCGGAGGUACGGAUCUCGGACAAUGGGCCUUAUGAGUGCCACGUGGGCAUCUACGACCGAGCAACAAGAGAAAAGGUGGUCUUAGCAUCGGGAAAUGUCUUUCUCACCGUUAUGUCUCCUCCAAACAACAUCUCAGUUUCAGCAGAGAACUGUCCAGCUCCAUUCAGCCGGUACCAGGCCCAGAACUUCACUCUACUGUGCACUGCAAAGGGAGGCAAACCUGCCCCUUCGGUGUACUUUAAGCGAGAUGGAGAGUUGAUAGAGGUGAUUUCCUACAUCCACCCCUCAGCUGUUGCAGAGGACGGCGGUGGCUCAGCGGGGGUGCGGGGUGCCAGGCCGCUCAUCAGCAGGGACCUGGACGACACCAAGCUGCAGAGGUCCCUUUCCUUGUUGGAUCCAGAGGGCCGACCAGCCCGCCUGUUCACCGAGAGCCCUGAGCGUGGUCGUAACCCGGGCCAGCACACCCAGAGCCAGCAGCAGCAGCCCAGCCCUGCCACAGAGGUCAUUCCAGAGACUGUGGUGAGCCGGGAGUUCCCCCGUUGGGUGCAGAGCACUGACCCACUCUACUACUUCAGCCACACCCACAUCCCCCAGAGUGAUGGCUCUGUGCUGGUGCAGGCCAGACUCACCUGGACCCUUAACCCCCAACUGGACAAUGAUGCCAUGUUCAGCUGUGAGGUCAAGCACCCAGCACUCUCCAUGCCCAUGCAGACAGAGGUCACACUGGCGGCUCCUAAGGGCCCCAAGCUUUUGAUGACCCCCACCAGGGCAAAGGUAGGGGACACGGUGCGCAUCACUGUGCAAGGAUUCCAGGUAGGCGCUGGGGUUCCUGGGAAUGAGGUGUUCCCUGAGCCCCUCUUCACCUGGACCCGGGUCGGGGGCCGUCUGCUGGACGGGAGUGCCGAGUGGGAUGGGAAGGAGCUGAUUUUGGAGAGAGUGCCAGCCGAACUCAAUGGCUCCAUGUACCGCUGCACGGCCCAGAAUCCCCUGGGCUCCACGGACACGCACACUCGCCUCAUCGUCUUUGAAAAUCCGGCCAUGAUGAAAAACACUCAGAAUCCGAACAAUGGAACCCCUCGCGUGGAUGUGCUUGGACCUAUAUGGAUGGUGCUGGCCCUGGUCCUCACAGUGACUGUGGAACUGACGUGAAACCUUCCAGCCAACACACACAAUGCACACAUACACAAUACACACACAACACACAGACACAGACAGACACACACACACACACACACACACACACACACACACACACACACACACACACACACACACACACACACACACACACACACACACACACACACACACACACACACACACACACACACACACACACACACACACACACAGACCCACACCACACACACAGUCCUGCAAGCCUUUUCCAGUCAUCCAACAGGCCCCCCAUGCGUCAGUCUUUCAGGAACCAGUGCCACCAUCCGAUGGUCCUCCACUCUGUUUUUGUAAUGAAAUAAUAACCAAGAUUAUAAUAUAAAGAAAACCGCAUAACAUACUGAACAUGAGAAUAACCACCUCCGGUAUACCCCUUCCCCUGACCACACCUUCUUUUUGUUUCUUGUCCCACUUCAGCCUGUUGAUCAAUAAAAAUCAGUUGCUAAAAAAGGGGGGGGAAAAAGCAUUUGGGUUUGUUUUGAUAUGUUCAAACGUUGCAGGAGUUGACUGUGGAGAGAGACAUGAACCGACCAGUGUUGGCAGGCCCACCACAUUGACCCAUUCACUGGGCUGUGCUGUACCCAAUCUUUAAACUACAGAUGAACAACUGGAAACUAAAUACUCAAUGAGAACAUUGUUUUUUAUUGCUAAACGGUUGUUGUUUUUUUCGGAUGGCUUGGAAUGUGCAAUAGGACUAAACGCAAAGAGAAAUGGAUCAUCUUCUUUUUGAGUGUAUUUUGUGUACAUCCGCGUAAAUAUUAAAGAUAAUCAGAGGUUUUAUGGGUUCAGGUUAGGAAUGGUUGAUGAAGAGUUGGGAGGGUUUGCAGCGCUCACAGCCCUUGUUUGUAUUUUCUCAUCCUUUCUUGCUGUUUCAAGAGAUAAUCCCAUAGGCUGUCAGGACAGAAUCGUCUGUGUGGCAAGUUUUUAAAUGAGGAUAGAAAAAACAAUGCAAGUACAGUAUCUUACAUUAUGUCCGCCGUUCGGGGUUGUGGUGCAUGUGACGUUUGACAAUUCUUUCUCCUUUUCGUGUGUUACAGUGCUCAACAAUGCAUCUCAUUGUCACUGGCCUGUAAAUCCAGUUAUUUACUUGUUGCAUACUAUCUUAAGUGACCUGCGUUGUGUACAAUAUGUAACUCUUCCCCCUGACAUCUACUAGUAGGGUCAUGUUAUCCACCAUUCCAGGAAGAUGCUCACCCGGCGCAGAGUGUAAACAGGGUUGUUGCAUUUGUUUCAUAUCACCUGUAUUAAAAUGGAGAGAUUAUCAAA